AUGGCUUCAUGGUUUCGAAAUAUCCAAGGGCACUUAACAGAUUUUGCGAACGAAGUUUUUGAUGAAGCCACUGAAGAAGUCACUGAUCCAGAUUCUGAGUUACAGGUACUGAAGAAAAAAUAUAUGGAAAUUGAAAAGCAACUGAAACUGGAACAAGAAAAUAAUGAAAUGUUAAACAAAAAACAAGCCAUUCUUGAGGAUCAAAUUUAUUCGAAAGAACUUGAAAUUGAAUCACUCAAUAGCAAAUAUGGUAUUAUGAUCGAAAGUCGUGAUACUCAAAUUCGUUCUCUUCAAGUAAUUAUUUUUAUGUUAUCAAUUUUGUUUCUUUUAUUAUUUCUGCAAAUUUUUGCAGAUGCUCUUAGGGCGAAUUUAAUUGAAUAUGAAGAGCGAUAUGAACUAUGUAAAGCUGAAAAUGCUGAAACCGUUCAACAAUUAGAAAAACUUUCCAUAGAUUUCGAUCGGUUGCGCGCAUCCUUCGAAGAUGAAGUUGAAAAGCUACGUAUUGAACUGGAUGCAUCAAAGAUUGAUAGGGAACGUUUACGCGCCGACGUUGAAAAAUUUCGUUCAGCAAUUGGUUCGAUUGAUGAGGAGCUAAAUAAAUUAAGAGAAUCGAAUGAAAGACUUGCAAGAGAUAAUAGGGCAAUGGGAGAAAGUCUGGAUAAAUUCAAUGAAAUUCGAGAUAUGUUAGAAAGAAAAAAUUCUCUCUCAACUCAAAAUUUUAAUUUAAGGAUUUCGCGUGAUAAGGAAAAAGCAUUAAGGGAGUGUGAAAGAUUACGCGAGCAUUUAGUAACUGUCGAAGAUACAUCUACUAAAGAAGCAGUAAUGGCUGAGGAAAGAGAAGUGGCACUUCGUGCAAAAAUAAAAGAAUUGGAAUUACAAAUCCAUGAAUCGGCGGAUAGUGCCAUAUCAUCUACUAGUGUAUUGCAGGUUUACUGCGAAUUGAUUUUUCUUAAUGGAUUUUAUUUUAAGACUACGACUUCUUUUAGCGAUAAUCAGAUCGCUUUGUCUAAUUUACAAAAAGUUUUCCAAGAUAUCCGACUUGAAUAUGAUUUAGAAAUCAUCGAAGAACUAGAAACUCAAUUAAGUGAGCGCAUAGCUGUGUAUUCUACGAAUUCGGUUUCUCAAAUUGAUCAUGAAAUAUUGAAACAAUUGUUUUUGUCCUAUUUUACCGCCCAGCCUAAUAAAAAACCUGAAAUCGCAAUGUUACUUGCAUCCAUUCUUGGUUAUAAAGAAGAGGUGAGCAAAUUAUCCAGAACGAACAGUUCGUCAAGGUAUGCUGCAAAUAAAAUAUCAUUGGCUGAGCAAUUUAUUCGUUUUCUCGAAAAUGAAUCUGUUACAUCUGCUACCUCGCAUUCAUUGCCAAUCGAAGUGAGAAAAUUCAAUUUUAUUUUAGAAAAAAAAAUUUUUAAAUUUUUUUCAAAAAAAAUUCUUAUUUAUCUUCUCGUAAUGAUGAAAUUUCCCUUUAUUUCAACUUUCAUUACUUUUUUAAAGAUUUUUUUCAGGUAUUGA